UUCACCUUAAUUUGAUUAUCAUCAACCUCUUUUUUGUCUCUCUCUCUCUCUAGAUAUUGUUCCAUUCCUUCAUCUUUCAUAUUACAUUCUCAUAAUCCUUAUCUUCUUCUCUUGAUAUUGGCACCCCCUCUUUCUCCCAUGCAAUGGGAGACCAUCCACGCUCCCCACCAUUGGAUAUACAUAACUUCUUUAAAAUUCCAAAAACUAAAUCUUUGAAAGAUGUUAGCAAGGUUUGCAAAACGUUUGUAUCCAAAAAGCAUAAUGAGAAGAAACAAAUUGAGGGACCAACAACAUCAUCAUCGGCUUUAUUUUUCGAUAACAAUGAAAAAAGAAGAGUGGAUGAAGAUAUUUGGAGUCCACAAAUGGUGGCAAGAAGUGAAAGUAGAAGAUCACAAACUCCAAAUCCAAGAACAAGGCCUCUAUCAAGACAUGGAAGCAGAAGGUGCACAACACCAAUGUCAUUAGCGCGAAGCGACAGUCGAAAAAGUGCAACAGAAAUCGCUACAUCAUCUCUCAAAAGGAUCAUGAGCAGAAGGAAUAGCAAAUUGGAUAUUUCUGAACCCGAGUUAUUGCCUAACUCUGCAACUUCUCCAACCGAAGAUUAUGCGUCACGAAGUUCCAAACAAAAAGAUCGUAUCCAUUCAGUUUCUCUCGCGAAUAAUCUUGGUCGUAGAUCUACAACACCUAUCAUAUUUUCACAGACAACAACGAGAAGAAAACCACCGGAAAUCGAGAAAAAACUCCAGUUUUCGCUCGAGGAAUUGUGCUUUGGAUGCGUCAAAAAGAUUAAAGUUACUAGAGAUGUUAUCAAACAUCCUCCCGGGGUGAUUGUCCAAGAGGAAGAAAUAUUGAAAAUAGAAGUGAAGCCAGGAUGGAGAAAAGGAACAAAGAUUACAUUUGAGGGAGUUGGUGAUGAGAAACCUGGUUACUUACCUGCUGAUAUAGUGUUUUUGAUUGAUGAAAAGAAACAUCCUUUGUAUAGAAGAGAUGGAAAUGAUUUGGAAAUUGGUGUUAAGAUUCCUCUAGUAGAUGCACUCUCUGGAUGCUCCAUACCAAUUCCUUUGUUAGGAGGAGAACACAUGAAUAUAUCAUUUGAGAAUGUUGUCAUAUACCCUGGUUUUGAGCAGGUUAUUAAAGGUCAAGGAAUGCCGAAUCCGAAAAAUAAUAGCACAAGAGGUGACUUACAUGUCAAGUUUCUUGUUAACUUUCCUACAGAUUUGAGUGAUGAACAAAGGAGUGAAGCUGUUAGUAUUCUACAAGAUUGUUGCUGAUAAUGAACAUAGUCUGUAAAUUGUAUGUAAUGUAAUGUGCUACAAAUUAACAUGACAGAGAACAUGAAAUAUUGUAAUUAUCAGUUCGGAAAGGCUUCUGGUAAUCAUGCAUGGUCUGAUAAUUUCUUGCAAACUUGUACUUCUAUCCAACAACGGCGUUAAUGGGCUGCAAACUCGCUGAAGCCAACAAUAGCGCGAACAUUUCACGGCCAAAGAAUGAGGAAGUUGGAUUUAGUUUUCAUAUAAACUCGCUGAUAUUGUCUGAAAAAGUGGGGAUUAGAGAAUGUGACUCAACAUUAUUAGCACUAAUCACUAGUUACUGAUUCAUUUAUAGGACAUAGAUUUUGAUUGUUCCAUCUAGCCUGUAACUAUAAGAGAGACAAAACUUACAUGAAUAAUGAAUUUCAGCAUGUAUAAAGCAAAAACUAAAGAAUAUACAUGAUUUCGGUUUUAUUUUCA